AUGGUGCACGUCCCAAGUCACGCCUCCACCGUUUUCGCUCACGUGAUCCUCCCACGCCUUUGUUCCGACACGAUGGCCGGCAUGAUGCGUGGCAAUGGUGGUGGGCGUCUCGGCAUGAUGCAGCCGCCUGUGAUUCUGUUGAAAGAAGGUACGGAUACCUCGCAAGGUACCGGGCAGCUUCUGUCGAACAUUGGUGCGUGUCUCUCGAUCGUCGCGUGCGUGUCGUCGACGUUGGGUCCGCGUGGCAUGGACAAGAUGAUCGUCAACGACCGCGGCCAGGCGACGAUUUCGAACGACGGCGCGACGAUUAUGAAGCUCCUUGAUAUUGUGCACCCCGCUGCGCGUACGCUUGUGGAUAUUGCGCGUGCGCAGGAUGCCGAAGUCGGCGACGGGACGACGUCGGUCGUUCUGCUUGCCGGCGAGCUGCUCAAAGAGAGCCGUCAGUUUAUUGAGGAGGGCGUGUCGCCGCAUGUUGUUGCCAAAGGCAUUAUGCGUGCGUCCGAGCUCGCGGUCGCCCGCGUGAAGGAGCUCGCGGUGCACAUUGACAAAGGCAACCCCGAGGCGUUCAACGACCUGUUGCUCAAGUGCGCCGGCACGGCGAUGUCGUCGAAGCUGAUCGUGUCGCAGCGCCCCUUUUUUGCGCAGAUGGCCGUGGACGCGGUGCAGGCGCUCGACCAGGAGGACCUGAACGAAAAGAUGAUUGGAAUCAAGAUGGUGCCCGGCGGUGCGAUGCAGGACUCGCUCCUGAUCCGCGGUGUGGCGUUCAAGAAGACGUUUGCGUACGCCGGCUUUGAGCAGCAGCCCAAGAGCUUUGUGAACCCCAAGAUUCUCUGCUUGAAUGUCGAGCUGGAGCUCAAGGCGGAGAAGGACAACGCCGAGGUGCGCAUCAACGAGGUGAGCGAGUACCAGGCGAUUGUCGACGCCGAGUGGUCCAUCAUCUACAACAAGCUCGAGGCGAUCGUCGCGACCGGCGCCAAGGUCGUCCUCUCCAAGCUUCCGAUCGGCGACCUCGCGACGCAGUACUUUGCGGACCGCGACAUUUUCUGCGCGGGCCGCGUGCCCCACGACGACCUGCAGCGCGUCGUGCAGGCGGUCGGCGGCUCGGUGCAGUCGACCGUGUCGGACAUUGACGCGACGCGCCACCUUGGCUCGUGCGAGCAGUUUGAGGAGCGCCAGAUCGGUGGCGAGCGCUUCAACAUCUUUACGGGGUGCGUCGGCGCCAAGACGGCGACGAUCGUGCUGCGUGGCGGCGCCGAGCAGCUCAUCGCCGAGAUUGAGCGCUCGCUCCACGACGCGAUCAUGAUCGUCAAGCGCGCCGUGCAGAACAACGAUGUGGUGGCCGGCGGCGGCGCGAUCGAGAUGGAGCUGUCCAAGCACCUGCGCGAGCACGCGCGGACCAUCCAGGGCAAGCAGCAGCUGAUCAUUGCGGCGUACGCCAAGGCGCUCGAGUGCAUUCCCCGGCAGCUCGCGGACAAUGCGGGCUUUGACGCGACGGACCUCAUGAACCAGCUGCGCAUGCGCCACGCGCAGGGACACAUCUGGGACGGCAUUGACGUCACCACCGAGGGCGUCUCGGACAACAUGCAAAAGUUUGUGUGGGAGCCGGCCUUGAUCAAGAUCAACGCCCUGAGCUCGUCCGCCGAGGCCGCGCGUGUGAUCCUCAGCAUCGACGAGACGAUCAACGCGCAGCAGAGCGAAAAGCCGAACCCCGGCCCGCCCGCCCCGCCGGGCACCGCGCAGCGCGCGCUCCGCGGCGGCGGACUGCCCCGCCGCUAG